AUUAAAGUCGAACCCUACCAAGCAUCAAACAUAUUAGUACCAUGCAUCAAACAUAUUAGACUUACUAUAUCCAUAAACUUGGCUGAGCAAACAAUGAGCUUUGUCAUCAUUAACAAGAACAAAAGAGCAACCCGUUACCUGUUAAUGAUAUCAUUAAACCUAUAAAAACCCAAUUCCCCAUUUCGUUUCACCACACCCCACUUAAUCUAACACCAUUUCAAUCCCUCCAUUUUCUCCAUCAACCAAAAAACCCAACUCAUUUCUUAUCAAAUGGUUCGCAUUAACAAAGCCUAUGAUCUUAAUCACUGGCUUUUGGUGCUAUUUUUCUUAGCACAACUAUGUAUUUUUGUGUCAUCUUCUGACCCCUCAGAAAUCCAAACCCUAUUGAAAUUCAAGUCCUUUUUGUCCAAUGACACAGCUCUAGACAACUGGAACAACUCUACCAACCCCUGCAAUGGCACCACAAACAUUUGGGCAGGCUUGUACUGUGACAAAAAUGGCAAUGUGUACGGGUUGAAGUUGCAGAACAUGGGUCUCAUGGGCAUAAUUGAUAUCGACACCCUUUCGGGUUUGUCUGCCCUUCGAAGCAUAAGCAUCAUGAACAACAACUUUGAAGGCCCACUGCCUAGUGCGAACAAGAUUGGUGCACUCAUAGGAGUUUACUUGUCCAACAAUCAAUUCACUGGUGAAAUUCCAGAAAUUGCUUUUGAGGGCAUGAAUCAAUUGAAGAAUAUUUAUUUGGAUGGAAAUGAAUUCUCCGGGGAAAUACCAAGUUCUUUGGCUGCAUUGCCUAAACUUACAGUAUUGGAUCUCCAGGGAAACCAAUUCAGUGGGGAGAUACCAAAUUUCCCACAAGACCCAAAUGGAUGGAAGCAUUUCAAUGUAUCAAACAACCAGCUCGAGGGUCCUAUUCCGGCAAGCCUGAGCAAUUUAGAUGCAAGCGCCUUCGUGGGAAACAAAGGGUUGUGCGGAAAGCCACUUACCCCUUGCAAAUCCUCAAUGAAGUGGAUCAACUCUUUUUGAGAAGCUAG